UUUUUUUUUUUUUUUUAUCAUCAAAAACACCAAAAAAUAAAAAAUGGUUCGUUGCAGCAAUUGUUUUAUCACAACGCUUAAUUUUUUCACAUUGGUAGCUUCACUAAUUCUCAUAUUAAUUGCCAUAUCAUUUAAUAUGAACUCAAAUGCUACCGUUUGCCAAAAAACUCUUCAAAAACCUCUGUUGAUAUUAGGGUUGUUCCUUUUGAUACUUUCUUUAAUGGGAAUUAUAGGGGCAUGUUGUCAUGUCUCUUUUUUGUUGUGGAUAUAUUUGGCUUUGUUGUUUGUGGUCCUCGCAGGGAUGAUUAUUUACCAGCUAUUCUGCCUCGUUAAUGCGGUGACACAUUUAGAUAGUAAUAAUCAAGAACCUAAAGGUGAAUGGGAAGAUAAAUUUCAAGAAUACUCGCAUUGGUUUAUUAAGAAACGUUUGCCUAAUGAUCGAGAUUGGGAAAAGAUUAAGAGUUGUUUGAUUGAUGCUAAAUACUGUAAAUACCAGCUUCCCAAGGACAGAACUGCUGAAUUUUACAAAGACAAGUUGUCCUCGACUCUGUCUGGAUGCUGCAAACCACCCACAUACUGCAACUUUGAGUUCCAAAAUGCAACAACAUGGAUCGUGCCGAAAACAGGUGCAAAAGUGCCAGGCGAUGCAGACUGUAAAGCUUGGAACAACGAAGAGAAACAGAUGUGUUACAACUGCAAUUCAUGCAAAAAAGCUGUUAUUGACAAUAUAAAGAAAUAUUACAAACAUUCCUCUCUCAUAAGCGUUUGCAUCUUCGUUAUUAUAUCUAUUAUUUACUCUGUUGGUUGCUGUGCUCUUACUAAUAACAGUUACAGACAUAGGGCUUAUGUCUACCAUGGUUAUAGACCCCAUGGUCCUGGCCCUUAUGGUUAUCCAUGAUCGAUAAGAACUAGCCACAGUUUUUUUCCUGCAUUAUUGUUAUUGUAAUAUGUGUUGAUGACUUUACUAGAUUAAAACAUAUACACACUUUUGAGUCUUGAUCAGUUGUUGGGGGCUAGCUGCUUGAUUUUCUUGCUAUGCCAAGAAUUUUAAUUUACAUUUUUGUAUAGUUUGUAAUAUUAUA